CAACAAUAAUUAUACCAACAACAAAACAGUGCGGGCCGGCUACAACGUUAACGUUGUCGUUUACAAAAAAUGGCACCAAAACCCUCCAAGCCUCCAGUGAGGUCCAACAAAAACACGAAUAUUGUCCAAAAAAUUUACAAAAAAUAUGUAAACUUUAAAUUUGUUAAAUAUCUUAUCCUCGAUCCAGCUGCUCUGCCCAUUGUCUCAGUCUUCAUUUUGUUGGCGGAAUUAUUGCUAAAUGUGUUUGUUAUUAAUCGCGUACCUUACACGGAGAUCGAUUGGAAAGCUUAUAUGCAGGAAUGUGAAGGAUUUCUCAAUGGGACUACAGAUUAUACACUUCUAAAGGGUGAUACGGGACCUCUGGUCUACCCUGCGGCCUUUGUUUACAUCUACUCAGCUCUAUACUUCAUUACUUCGCAUGGACAAAAUAUUCGUUUGGCACAAUACAUCUUCGGUGUCAUCUAUUUGUUGCAAAUGUGGUUGGUGCUCCGACUCUAUUCGAAAAGUCGUAAAGUACCACCCUAUGUUUUGGUCAUUAGUGCCUUUACAUCGUAUCGCAUUCAUUCAAUCUAUGUGCUGAGACUUUUUAAUGACCCUGUGGCCAUAUUGUUCCUAUAUGCAGCUCUAAAUUUGUUCAUGGAUCGCCGCUGGACCUGGGGCAGUAUAUGCUUCAGCUUGGGAGUGGGAUGCAAAAUGAAUAUUUUACUUUUUGCUCCGGCUCUGCUGGCGUUUUAUCUCAUCAAUCUGGGUUUCUUGAAAACGGUGCUUCAAUUGGCAAUAUGUGGAUUGGGACAGUUGGUGAUUGGUCUGCCUUUCCUAUUGACACAUCCCUGGUCGUAUAUUAAAGGAAGUUUUGAUUUAGGACGUAUCUUUGAGCAUAAGUGGACAGUAAAUUACAGAUUUUUACCCAGAGAAAUCUUUGAAAACAAAUAUUUCCAUCUCACUCUGUUGGCCUUGCAUCUACUGCUGAUAAUUGUUUUUGCUAGGCCCGCUGUUUCUUAUUUCAAAAACUAUGUCCGCUUAAGGGCAUUGCAGGAUAUGUUGCAACCCCAGUUGGCGCAACAAAAUAAAAGAAUAAAGGAAAACAAGGUAAACAAAGCCAAAUCCAAAGCCGCCCCCUUAAAGCCCAAACCAAAUGUGGAGGAAAAGCUGACGCCAGACCAAGAAGCCUUUCUUCACAGUUUCGAGAAGAGCCUGCAGAAAUCGACGGGUCUCAAGGGGCCAAUUAAGCCAGCCAAUGAACCUGUUAACAACGAUGAAGCGGAAGACGACAAAGAAGUCUCCAUACAUUUCGAUCAAUGUACCCAAUUGGCUUUGUUGCCCUUCUUCUUAUGCAAUUUCAUUGGUGUUAUGUGCGCCCGUUCCCUGCACUAUCAAUUCUAUGUUUGGUAUUUCCAUUCCCUGCCCUAUUUGGCUUGGUCGGCCGAGUUCAGCCUGGGACUGCGUUAUCUGCUCUUGGGCCUCAUUGAAUUCUGUUGGAACACCUAUCCUAGCACAGAUUUCUCCAGUUUUGUUUUACAUUUGUGCCAUUUGAUUUUAUUGUUUGGUGUGGCCCGUACCAUGUUCAAGACUAUCAAUCAGAGUACGACGGUUAGAAAACAUGAAGAGGAAUUGAUUCAGAAAAGUGCUGCCAGCAAUGGUGCCAAGAUGAAAGCCAAAAAACAAAAACACAAUUAAUGUAAACAAAAACACAAUUAAUGUGUUGGGAAAAUUAUAUAUUAAAUUUGAAUAUUUCAAUGACGAAACGAGGAGAAGGCCAAUAAAGUUUUACAAAUUUUAUCUUACAA